ACCAAAAAAGCUCAAAAGACAAGAAAUUGUUGAAAAAUUGAAGAAAAAUGACUCAAACAACCCUUUCUUGGGUCGAAUUCAGGGAUCACCUGCAGGAUUUGUGCCACGAAUUGUACAACGAUCAACGGAUGUUCACAGAUUGUGUCUUAAAAACCGAAGGAAAGGAAAUUCACUGCCAUCGAUCGAUUUUAUCCUCAUCAAGUGACUAUUUUAAGCAAAUUUUUGACUCUUAUCCCUAUGAAUCGCUCAUUCCCGAGAUAAUUUUACCAGAAAUCUCUUAUAAUUGUCUCAAAUCUCUCAUUUGCUUCAUCUACAAAGGCGAACUUUUCAUCGAUUGCAAGGAUUUGAACGAUUUGUGGGAGGCAGCGACGUUACUUGACAUCAAAAGUAUCAAAAUCAUCCUCGAUGGCUUCUUCUCCCAAAGUCAAAUGCCCAGUUUAGAUGAUACCUUAGACGCUUUGGUACAAGAUUUGCGAGAUACGGACACAAAUACCUCUAAUGUAGUUGAUGACAAGCCCGACGAGGUUCAAGAAAUCCAAAUGGAACUCAUUGACGCUCUAAUUCCCAUCGUUCCUGUGGUUCAAAAUUUGCCUGAAGUGCCAAAAAUUGCUCAAAUCGAGGAAUUUUCGAUUCCAGUCCCGGCUAAAAUUGAUAAAAAUGUUAAAAGGCUCCAAAAUUUCCAGAAAAAAGAUCGAAAUCCCGUUCAAUCGUUGCGAGAAAAGGCAUUGGCGUAUCAAAAACAACUCGAAAUGGCGAUCUGUGAAUGUAAAAAAGGCGCUUCUUUAGCGGAGUCCAGUGAAAAAUACGGGAUUUCGCAGGAAAUUAUCUUUAGAAAUAUUAAAAACUUUAAAUUGCCGCACAUUAAACCGCCGGAUAAUUAAUAAAAACAUU